AUGCUAAUCAUUGUUUUUGGAGAAAAUUUACCAGAACGGUUUUUCGAGCGCCUUUACGACUUUAGAAGAGCAGACUUACUGCUUGUUAUGGGAACAUCGCUGGUGGUACAACCAUUUGCGUCGCUCAUCGAUGAAGUUUCAUUAUCAUGUCCUCGAGCACUUUUAAAUUUGGAGAAAGUGGGAGAACGUCGCCGCAACUUUAGCUUUAUCCAUGAUGCUGAUGAAGGCUUUGAUUUUGAUGAUGCCCAUUCGCGUGACAUAUUUUGUCAAGGCAAAGUAGAUGACACGGUGCGAAAGCUGGCACAAUACUGCGGAUGGGAGGAUGAUCUCGACAAAAUUUACAAGAACAUGAAUGAGUGUAUGGACAGGGAGAUGGGUUUGAAAAACCGAAUUAGUGUCGAAGAAGAUAAGCGUAGCAAUUCCGAAAUGGACCCAGAUCUUCUGGCAGACCAGCUGAAAGCGGCCACAUUGGAAAAUACGCGAAACGAAAAAUUGUAG